AAAUUAGGAAGUCAGAAAGAAAAAGAACCCUCUACCCAUCCCAUUCAUGGGUUCAGUCCCCAAAUCUCAAAUGCCCCCAACAACCAAGGCUGAGCCAUGAUCAAAGCUAGGAACCGAAAGCUCAAUGUGAAUUUGUUGUGUGGUCGCAAUAACUGAAUUACAGAAUUGCUGCUGCCUCCCAGGGCUUUACGAGGAACUGGAGUCAGGUGUCUAAGCUGGGAAUUAAACCAGACACCAUGGGAUGUGAGGGCAGUUUUGGCAUGUGACUGACUUACACUUGGACCCUACUUACCACAUUACCGAUGACCACACUAAGGUGUGCUCUUCAUCCAAAGGCGCAAAUGCCUCCAAUCCUGGCCCUUUUGGGGAUGUUCUCUGUGAUUCUCCAUAUAAACUCAUUUUGUCAGCAUUUGAUUUCAUUAAAAAAUCAAGACAAGAAACAUCUUUCAUGAUAUGGACAGGGGACAGCCCGCCUCAUGUUCCAGUACCUGAACUGUCAACAGACAUGGUCAUAAAUGUGAUUGCAAAUAUGACAAUCACGGUCCAGAGCCUCUUCCCAGACCUCCAGGUUUUCCCAGCACUGGGUAAUCAUGACUACUGGCCACAGGAUCAACUGCCUAUAGCCACUAGUAAAGUGUAUGAUGCGGUAGCAAACCUCUGGGGACCGUGGCUAGAAGAAGAAGCUAUUCUUACUUUAAGGAAAGGUGGUUUUUAUACACAGAAAGCCACAACUAACCUUAGGAUCAUCAGUCUAAACACAAACUUAUACUACAGCCCCAAUGUGGUGACUUUGAACAAGACUGACCCAGCAAAUCAGUUUGAAUGGUUGGAAAAUACACUGAACAACUCACAGAUAAAUGGAGAGAAGGUGUACAUCAUAGCGCAUGUUCCAGUGGGAUAUCUGCCUUUUUCUCGGAGCAUCACAGCCAUGAGAGAAUACUAUAACGAGAGAUUGGUAGAUAUUUUCAGAAGAUACAGCGAUGUCAUUGUAGGACAAUUUUAUGGACACACUCACAGGGACAGCAUUAUGAUUCUUUCAGAUAAGAACGGAAGCCCUGUAAAUUCUUUGUUUGUGGCUCCUGCUGUGACCCCAGUGAAGAGUAUUCUAGAAAAAGAGACCAAUAAUCCUGGGAUCAGACUAUUUCAGUAUGAUCCUCAUGACUAUAAAUUGUUGGACAUGUUGCAGUAUUACCUGAACCUGACAGAGGCAAAUCUAAAAGAAGAAUCCAACUGGAAGUUGGAGUAUGUCCUGACCCACACCUAUGGCAUUGAAGACUUACAUCCUAAAAAUUUAUACAGAUUAGCUAAAGAAUUUGCAUCUCUAGAUAGUAAGCAGUUUGUGAAAUACUACAAUUAUUUCUUUGUGAGUUAUGAUAGUAGUGUAGUUUGUGAUAGCACAUGUAAAGCCUUUCAAAUUUGUGCAAUUAUGAAUCUUGAUAGCAUGUCCUAUACAGAGUGCCUCAAACAAUAUUAUAUGAAGCAUAGGUAGUGGCAUUUCAAUUUGUGUUCAGAGAAAAUAGAACAUGGCGCUGUUUCUUGGAUGAGUUUGUGGAAAUUAUUGUUGAAAUCUUUGUGAACUGCUCAGUAGGGAAACCUAUUUCCAUAUUUUAUUUUUUGUUCCCAAAGGUAGAUAUUUAUAACAUUCUAAAUACUUACUGCAUUGUAUGUAUUUGAACUACCAUUGAAGAGAAUGGUGGUUGGGUAUAGAUAUCAUAUUUUCCUUUGUGUUAUUGUAUGAAGAGGUCUUUACAAUGUUAAUGAAAAUAUGUAUUGUAAAAAAGCUAUUCAUGGAUUUCAAAAAUUUUGCAACGAAAUAAACUUGUCCUAAAUCUCAGAUUCCACAAAUACUUGAAAGUACAUUCAUGCUUAAUUUAUAUUCUCUUACAAAUUGCCAUUUAUUCAAUAAAGCAAAUUAAUUUCCUUUAAAUAUGAUGAAGUAUUUAUGUGAAAGGUAGAGCAAUAAACAGAGAGAAAGAGAAAGAGGAAAAGAGAGAGAGAGAGAGAGAGAGAGAGAGAGAGAAUAUCUUUCAUUUGUUACUUCAGUGCACAAAUGACUAUAACAGCUGCCAUGUCUGGACCAGUCCUGAAUUCAGAAGGCAAAAGCUCCAUCCUGGUAUGUCACAUGAGAAGUAGCAUUAAGUGUUCUUGAUAGGAGGAUUUUCAGACAUUUUAUAUGUUCUUGACAGGACCUCACAUGUAGGCAGAUAUUCAAGCUGUUUCCAUAUCAUUUGGAAACUGAGGUUUACUUGUACUAUCUAUUCUUGGGAAAACAUCAUGAUCUUGUCAGGGCCAAUUGUGACUCUAUAAAUCAUCUUCAGACAUGUAUGGUCUAAUUUUCUUCAUUCUCUGACUCUUUGGUGCUCCUAAGAAUGAGGAUGGCUCAAGUUGUGCAUUUUUUGCAUUUGCAUUACAAUAGAUUUCAGUCCUAGUCUGAUGCAUGGUGGCUAUUAAAUAAUUGUUGAAAUACAUUGAAAGCUAUAAAUAUUCCUGGAAAAGAUACUCUAAGAUUCAGUGGUAACAUUUACUUUGUCAUGAUAUUCUGACAGAAGGUAACAAUCAGCUUUUUUUUAUUUAGUGAGCUUGUCUUUAGUACUUGCCAGUGACUCAAGUGGUUUUCUAUUUUCAGAUCAACUACAAGCAUUAAAGUAGAAGAAAGGAAGGGAUGGCGGGUAUUUAAGGGAAAAUAAGAUUGUAUGCCCCUCUACUUAGGUCUCCCAGGGAAGACUGUUAAAGAAAAAGCAUUGUUCAUGACCCUUGUUAAAGAAAUUAAAGCAGACUUGAUUCAAGAUGAUGACAUGAUGAUAGAUCCUGGAACCAUUGCAGUGGGAUCUUGCAGUGGGAGAGAUUGGACAAGUAGGAUUUGUGACCGAAAAACAGGAUGAGGGGUCUGUAUAUGGGAAAUUACCAGGAAGAAACCACAAAGAUAAGGAUAGUUUUGGUAACAAACUUUAUAGCAUUAUUGCUGAUGAUAGGCUACUGUGAUGAACAAUCAAUGGUGUUCAGAUAGAGUAGGAGACUGUCCUUAAACUGACUUAGCCGGUUCUUGCUCAUGUGGAUGCUGUAAGAACAGAGAGCUAAGCCCUGCUUUGUUGUGUGCAGCAGAAGAAUCAGAAGAAGCUCAAGUGUUGGUCAAAGAAGGGAGUUUCUGUUGAUGCACAUUGAGCAACCAUAGGCUGAGGAGAGUGGACUUCAGCAUCCCUGUGUCUGGAAUGACUUCAUGUGAAAAAACAAACCUUUUACGUAGAAAAUCUCCUUUUAAGUAAACUUGUAAGACAAGUUUGCCUGACGUGCCAAAGAAUGGGGAUAUGCUAUAAAAUGCAGAUAUUACACCUAAGAAAUUAUUGCUGUUUAUCAGGUAAGGAUAUUUAAGGUUAAAGAAUAAAUGAUUGUAUGUUAGAAGUGCAAAUGCUGAAACAAAGCACACACUCAUUGCUAUGAAAUGAUCACAUCAUUCAGAAAUCAUUGAGGUAACAAUUAUUGCUAAUGUUAGUUUUUACAAAUUGUUAGAUUAUGUAAUUUAAUGUUUUAAUGCUCUGUGCAGAAUUCCUAAUAAAACAAAUUUGCAACAAGUAGGGGAAAUUUUUAAGGCACUAAAAAGCAAAAUGGCAUGAGUUGACUUCAGUAAUAUUUGACUUGAAUGAUCACUGUGGAAGAAAUUCUUGUAUCUUUUGGGGGUUUGGUCAGUAAACGUUUCUAUGCA